ACAGGAGUCCCCUAUCCAGCUCCAAUAGAACAAGAAGAGAGCGGCUCUCGUUCAACCAACGCCACCAUCUCCACCUCCAUUGAUUAACAGACUUCAAAUCCCCCCACAAGCAGCCCUACGCGUCCGCUGCGAUCAGAUUAAUAACAAAAUCUCGUGAGCGCACAGGGGGAGAUAACCAGCGCUGCUCGUCCUCCGCGGGAUACUUGGAUAGCUACAGCAACAGGAUCCCAACCUGCGCCUCUCCUGUCUCCAGCACCUGUGCGCACCUCUCGUGAACACCCGGUGUUCUGCGUGGCCACCUGGAUACCUGCGCGCCGCGCUUUUGUUUUAAAUGUCGGACUGAAUCUUAUCUGCUAUGACAGGGAAACUGGCAGACAAGAUCCCUCUUACCAUGAGCAGUUUAAUAAACACGAUCCCUGACAGUCUGUACCCGGAGGAGGACAUCCCCACGUCUAUGAAUAUUUUCACCAGUACGGAAUCUAUUAACCACUAUUCGCAGAUGAAUACAGAUAACAUCAUGGACCUGGGCAUGGGGAGUGAGAAGGCAAACUCAGAGAUUCAGUAUGGAUCCAGCUUCCAGUCCAACCGCAGCGGGCAGACCGUCACGUACCUGGGGAAGUUCGCCUUCGACACCCCUCCUUCAGGUGGAAUUAGUGGCUCGGGCUGGUGCCCCGACAACAACAUCAUCAGUCUAGUGAGUGCAGGGAUCUUAGGCGUCUCUCCAUCGCCCGGCACGGUAACGACGCAGACAUCGUCCUCCGCAGCCAGCAUGGGUGGACAGACGUCAGACAUGGAGCAGGUGUAUGGUCCGCCGCUGCCUGCCUAUUCCACCUGCAGCGACCUAUACCAGGAUCAGGUGUCUUUUCACCACAGCCCUGCCACCAGCACAGCUCUAGCCUACCCUGGCAAUGACUAUCACUCCACAUCCAAAGCCCCCAUGGAUGGCAGCCUGUUUUCCAUGAUCCCUGACUACAACCUUUUUCACCAUCAGGGAGAUGUUGGCGUGAUGGAGCACAAGCCCUUCCAGACCAUGGACCCCAUCAGAGUCAACCCUCCACCCAUCACACCCCUGGAGACCAUCAGAGCAUUCAAAGACAAGCAGCAAAUCCACCCAGGUUUCAUUGGCGGGCAGCAGCACCCGCCUCAGCACCACCCCCCACCUCAGACUCUCACUCUCAAACCCAUCCGGCCUCGGAAGUACCCCAACCGUCCCAGCAAAACGCCUGUCCACGAGCGGCCGCACGCCUGUCCAGCAGAGAACUGUGACAGACGCUUCUCACGCUCAGACGAGCUCACGCGUCACCUCCGCAUCCACACAGGUCACAAACCCUUCCAGUGCCGAAUAUGCAUGCGUUCCUUCAGCCGGAGCGACCAUCUGACCACACACAUUCGCACACACACUGGAGAGAAGCCCUUCUCGUGCGAAUUCUGCGGUCGCAAGUUUGCCAGAAGCGAUGAGAGAAAGAGACAUGCAAAAGUUCACCUGAAACAGAAGGACAAGAAGCAGGCGGACAAGAGCAGCGGGGCAGCCGGGAGCCACAGCUCACCGCCCAGCUCCUGUGGAGGGCCGUCGGUGGGAACGUCAUGACCAUCGCUACGUGCACAUGGACUAAAGCCCAGAGCAUAAAGAGACUCAAGAGGAAAGGAUCAGGUCCACUCUGAGAUAUCCUCUUGCCGUUUACACACCUGCUCUUUCCAGGUCCUUCUGUUUUGAGAUGGAUGCCUUCAGUUUAAGUAAGAGGGGAAGGGCUGCUUUCCUUUUCAUGUUUUAAGCAAUUCAAAGCCUCAGCCACUGUAACACAGCGUCAACACAAAGAAGGGUGCUUUAGCACGUUCUGUCAGACCGGCCUCGGUGUGUCAGUGGGCUCUGAGGAUACACUCGUGUAAAUUUUACAGAAACGUUCCGUAAUAGGAGUGGAAACAGUCAAAACAAUAACAAAGCUCAGUGAAAGGGUGUGUUGUCUGGGAUGUAUGCAUUAAUUCUAUUAGGCUGUUUAAAAGUGCAAUUGGUUAUAUUUGUGUGCCGUCAUGACUACCUUAUUAGUGGCGCGUGACUGUCUCUUUGUUGUUUUUGUUGAGGUGUAGUGUUUUUUUUUCUAUUUGAAUGUUUUUGUUUGUUUUUUUAAAGAAUGUGCCAAAUGUUUUGUGUGUGUGUGUGUGUGUGUGUGUGUGUGUGUGUGUGUGUGGUGAUAAAGCCAACCUUGUUCUUAUAUUUGUGCCUGACAUUUGCCAAACCCAACAGUGGAAUCAGCUUAGCACAGUUGUUGAAAUAAUAAAAAGAAAAAUAAUCUAAUUUAUUCACCAAAAAAAAACCAGAUUUAGACAAACCUGCACCAUUUUAAGACUGACUGGGUCACACAGAGUUUUGUCCUGUUACGUGUACUAACAUGCCUGCAGUACCGGAUGCUUUUGCCAAUACUUAUUUAUUUUCAGUCACUAUGAAACACUGUGUGUUACUCUUUUUUACGGUGGCUUUACGUUGUGUUGCCAAAUGUAAUUUCUGUCGUGCUUUUUUAAAAAUCCCACCUAUUCUGUUCAUUUCUCAUGAGUUCUGCAAUAUGCAAUUGAAAAACAACAUUUACCAAUAACUCGUAUUGAAUUAACUGAGAACAUGGAUAUACUGCACUAUUUAAUAAAAAGAAAUAAACAUACACUGGCUUGCAAACAAGCAGUGCAGAAAAGAUGAGUUUGGAAAACAAAUGAGGUCUUUUCUUUGUGCUUCUAAGUGUGAAAAGGUUGAACUAUUUAUAAAAGAUGAGAGGUAAAUGGUAAAACUAAUAAAAAGAAAAGCAAAAUCCCUCCAAUCCCAUGUUUACAUCUUUUCUAAGACAGAGACUGGGCUGUAAACUGAGAUGUUUUUUUGUACAGUAUACAAAUGCGUAGCCUCAGUGAAAACUCCCUAUUUGUACUCCAGUGUCAAAUACACCAUAAGUCAGUAUUAGAUUGUGCAUAAAUGUGCAUUCAUUCAUGCACACUAUGUAUAUACAAAUGACUUGCAUAAACGGAGACUUUCAAUUCACUGAAUGCUUACGCAGGUUGUAUCUUAAAAUAUUUUAGUAAUAUAGUUAUAUUACAAAUUAUUUUGUUGUUUUAGGUGAAGGCAAAAAAAAAACAUUUUGGAUCAAUGCAGGAGUGCAAACAAUGGUGUUCUAUCUCCACAUUUAAGGAAAAAAAUAUUCGGCACGCUGCGAUGGACUGGCUCUCUGUCCAGGGUGUACCCCGCCUGAUUGCCCAUUGACCGCUGGAGAUAGGCACCAGACCCGACCCCCCGCGACCCUACUUGGACAAAGCGGGUUCAGACAAUGGAUGGAUGGAUUCAGCACCAUCUGCACGCUUUCAAGUGGAAACCGGUUAAAGGAAGCGCUAUGUGGUCUCUGAAUUUAAAUUUAUUUAUUUAUUUGUAAUUUUGUCCUCUCUAUAUAAAACACUAAUAUUCAAGACAUUCUCCCAAAUAACUGAAACAAAAUAUGUGCACAUUAUCUUUUCCUAAGGAUUCACUGACCUUUGCUAUCUUUUUUGAUAAAAGAAGAUAAAACUUGAUUUUUUUAUAAUUUCGUGAAACAUUUUAUUGGACUUCUCACUGGUUUCACAUGCAUUUUAUCUGUGUUGGCAAAUAUAAUUUCAAAAGCACAAUUUCAUUUUUCCUCCUCUGUGCCUGCAUGUAGGUCUGCAGUUACUAACUUUAACAGGUAUUGUAGCAGUGCAUAGCUAAAAAAAAAUUGGUAAAAAAAAAAGAAAGAAAAAAAGAAUAAGAAUCAAAUAAGAGACGACAUUAUAAAACAACACUCUGGCACUAGAUUGUUUUUGUGAGUUUUCUCUUCUUUUCUUGUUGAAGGAAACUUUUGGAUUUGUUCCAAAUUCUCACGUUUUCUCUCCAACACAAAAAUAAUUUCCAUUUGCUCUCUUUUAAACCAUUUUUCUCAUGCAUUUCUAUCACCCCAUUAGCUGAGAUCCUUAACUGCAAAAUAAAAUGUCCAUAAACAUUGUUAAAUCCUGCUGAUAUUAAAAUAAAAACACAGUACCGGUCAGCCAAUAUGGCAGUCAGGCUCAAACAGGAUGUGAGCCGACAAAGGCAAAGGCCAAAGGAAAGAUUCAGGCAAGUGGUGCCACAGAGAACACGGUGCAUGCAGAAAUGAGCUUCACAGGCCACACUGUUUGUCCUGGAACGGUUUUCACUGCUGAGCCUUCUGGCAAGGAUCCAUUCAUUUUCCAAUUAAUUUAGCCUCAGAGAGUCUUUUCUGCACUCAUCUACGUCACGAAAUGAACAGACCUCCUUGCACUUGUUUAAAAAAAGUUUAAAAGUUCAUGCAGCCUGCAACAUUUAACCUGAUACAAAUCAUUUAGUUCGCAAUGUGAAACACAAAAUCUCCUGCAUUAAUAGUUCAACUUAAAAUUUAUUUUUGUUCCAACACAAAACAUUACAGUAAAAUGCUCUUGAAGCAACAUUUUUAUUUUGGAGUUGGGUGUUACAUUAACUUUCUAAUUCAUAAUCUGUAAUAAUUAAUUUAUCUUUGCACAUUUGAUAGCAACGAUCCAGCUCAUAAGCAGCAGCUGCUGUGAAUCAGCAGAAGACUAGAAAACCAAAAAUGUGUAGUUAUUGUUUGAAAGGUUUGAUUCGUCACAAAAGAUUUUGGGUCACCAAAAGACAAAAUAGUUUAAAAGAUUGGGUCACACUUUACAAUAAUGAUACCUUUAUUAACAUUAUUUGGUGCUUUAUUAAGGAUUAAUAAACUGUUAAAUAAAGUAAUAGCAACUGUUUAACCAUGUUAAGUAAUGCAUUACUAAGCAGACACCCCCUUGGCCCUUUGUCCUAACAUUAAGGACACUUAAUAGUUAAUAAUAAUAGUAACGUUGAUAAAGGGAUCCUUUGUUUGUUAAUGCUUAAUAAUGCACUAACGUUAAUAAAAUAAACCUUACUGUAAAGUGUUGUGAUACAUUUUCUUUGUAUUGCAGAAUGAUGCAAAGUGAGGCAGACGCCACAAUGUCCACAUGAGAUCCCCAUUCUGUGUGAUAUUUUUGUACAUUUUGUAAAAAAAACUUUUUACAAUCCGCCUCCAUUCAUUCCUCCAUUAGGCUCUUAAAAUACAACAUGGGCUUCCUGGUGAUCUUACUGUAUUGUGUGGAUGCCCUAGAGAGACACAAACCACCAAUUUAAACAAAAAUAAAAGCUCAGCUUAAACAUUUAUCCAGUAAUAGCUUCUGCGCUUUAUGCUCGGUUGGACAAAAGUAGGCGGCUGACGGUUCUGAAGUUGGGAUGUGCCCAUCCACGUUCUCGUCCCUGUGUUGGAACUGUGCCAACAUCAGCAUGCCAUCUUUGCCCCAAACUGGGUUGCAGGGUUGGCUGAUCAAAAACAAUACAUGAGCUGAACUCCACAGGAGCAACAAAUCAUAAAUGUGACCUCUGUCUGCUUGUAGCUGAAAGCAGCUCAUGUUUGUGUGUGACUGUUUCAGUAUUUUUUUUUAUUGGCCUCUGGAAAGGCUGUGGGCUUCACUUAUGACAAUGAUGAAUAAUUCUAAUUAAAUAUCUUGAAAACUAAACUAAAAAACAUUUUUGUGACUUCAAUAUCAUGUAGAUAAUCUAGGCUACUCAUGUCUUAUACAAACAAGAAAGUGGCUUCAGGGGAUUGGCGGGCUUCAACACUGGUGUUGAGAUGGAGUCGAUACUGUUUUCUGUUGUGUCGUGUUUCCUUUCACAAACAGAAUACCCUCAUUUUUGCAUGUGCACGGACAUGUUUCAAAGUGCUACCCACAGAUGCAGUGGGUGGUGCUCGUUUCUUUAUUAUGCAUGAAAAAAAAGUCACACUGAGUGAAACGGGAGAAACUUAAUACGCAAGACCGACAAUUGGAAACACACCAUGGCUGUUCUGUUGGCUUUUUCAUUUCUUUUCUUUUCGUUGAAAAAAACAAGGAGUUUUGUUAAAAGUGUUGUGGAUGUCUUUUGCCUAUUUCUUGUUUUUAAUUACCUUAUAAUAAGGUCCUUUUAUGACGAGCUGAAUAUUUAAACGAAUUUGACUAUAUCCUUGUGAUGGGGAGAUGUGUUCCUCUGUUUACCUUCAGUUAGUUGUAAUGCAACUGUUUGGUUAUUUCAAUGUAAGUACUUGAAUAAAGAAAAAUAUAACUUA